AGAACGAGUUUGUAACAUGGUCAGCAUCCAUUGAUUGAUGUGCGCGCUAACCAUCGGCUGGCUAAUCCCGAUGAGUGACAAACGUUUAAGCCAAUUGCCGCGAAGGCAACCCCCCUACUCCCAUAGUAUCUUUAUUUUUGGAAACCAUAAAAACGCUCGCGACAACGGAGAGGGGCGACCUAGCGGGGGGUUAAGCUAAUCAAAACAGUCGUGGCUCCCCAACAUCGACAGUCGUCAGCUCGUUGCACACUUGGCGAGUCCUCGUCCAUUUUUUCCCCCUACGUCGUGACCGGAGCGAUGCAAAUGUCACAAGAAUCAUCGUGGAAUAGCUUUAUUAUGGCGCUGAGCUCCUGGUUCCUGCUCCCUCCCCCCCUUCCGCGGGACCCCCGCUGAGCUCGCCGGGGAAGCCCUCCGCCGAGCCGCGGUGUCGUCUCAUGGCCCCGGCGGUGGUGGUACCGAACCGAGCUUCAGUUCUUACUACGAUGCCGUGCCACGAUGAUUGUCGCGUCCGAGAUUUAUCCGGGGGAGCCCAUCACUGUUCGGCCAUGUGAGUCCUUCUCAGUUUCAACAUGCAAGCUGCAUAUACACGGUAAAGAAGGUGAAUUACAACUGGAGAACAGAAGGACAGAGGAGUGUAAAAGUGGCAAUAACAAGCACGCACCUCUCCUCCCUCUCACCAGACGACAUGGCUAAUGCUGGGGACACUGAGACUGCAGCUCUCUCAGACUUGGAGGUCAUCUCCCAGCAGGUAGAUGAUGAGAACCAGUGCUUGGCUCCUCCGGUUCAGCUGGUGAGUUUCGGCUACCGAGACCUUCCUCUCGCAGCACUGGACCUCUCGCUGGCAGGCUCGCAGCUCCUUUCCAACCCUGACGAAGAUGAAACAAGGGAAGGGUCCAACUGGCUGAAGCCAUGCUGUGGCCGUCGAGUGGCUCUGUGGCAAGUCUGUCUGCUCAGUGCUGGCUUUAACUGCGUCCUGGUGGCUUGCGUCAUCCUGGUGGUGCUCUUCCUCUCCUUGGAGCUGCUCAUAGACACCAAGCUCCUUCAGUUUACCAAUGCUUUCCAGUUUGCCAGCAUCAUACACUGGAUCAGUCUCAUCAUCCUGUCGCUUUUCUUUUCAGAGACUGUCUUCAGAAUUGUGGUGCUCGGGAUCUGGGACUACAUAGAGAACAAAGUAGAGGUGUUUGACGGAGCUGUCAUCGUGUUGUCCCUCGCCCCCAUGGUGGCCUCCACGGUGGCCAACGGACCCAGCAGCCCCUGGGAUGCUAUCAGCCUCAUUAUCACGUUGCGCAUCUGGAGGGUGAAGAGGAUCAUCGACGCUUACGUCCUCCAAGUCAAAGUGGAGAUGGAGCUGGAGAUCCAACAGUGCGAGAAAACCAAGGCAGUGCGCGAGGAGCAGCUGGAGCGUCUCACUCAAAUUUGCCAAGAACAAGCUGUGAGUUUUGAGAUCAGGCAGCUGCGGGCCCACCUGGCCCAACAGGACCUGGACCUGGCGGCCGAGCGUGAAGCGGCAAUGCAGAUCCAUCGCGUGUGGGCGAAGCAGGGCAGGAAUUUCCAGGUUGUGGAGGGCUUGACUCCUGGGGAGUCUGAUGACGAGGGCACUAAUAGGAAUCCUAGAGAGCUACACAACACUGCAGAUUCAGUUGUACGUGAUGAUAUGAACAACUACAUCAGCCAGUACUACAGUGAAGCAACCAACGAUGGCAGAUCUUGUGGCUUAGGGACUCGUGUCGUUACCACAGCUGCCAUAGACAUCCACCUCCCAACCAAUCACAUCCAAUCCAACCCCCCUCACGACCUGAAGCUGAACUACAGCUCCCACCGGUGCUGCACGCCUUCCUUCUCUGGCCAGGAGCAGAGCACGGUGGUCCAGGAGCUCCUCUCGUCUCUCUCCGAGGACUCCUGCCUUGCUCAGAAGGGCCUGACGGUGGACCCGGUCAACCUUAAGCUCCCCAGUCCCACUGGCUCCGAGAAGGCAAGCCCGGAACAGGACAACAGAAUAAGGGUGUUCAAUCGCAGGAACCACCAGGAGAGGCAGGGACGAGGUUGCGUCCUGCUGCAAACCAAGCCGCUCAUUCACCUGCAGGGCGGCGCCACAGAGCCCUCACUGGAGGAGAAGUACCUACUAUUGGGUCCGGCAGACACACCUCUCGGCCACAUGUCGGACACAUAACACAUUUACAUUGGCACUAUAUGGGAAAUAAACACGACUGAACUGCUUUGCAGUGUGCGUGCUUGGCCUAAAGUGCGGUGGUGAGUUUGCAUUUUCUCCUCACAAUAGUCCAUUUUUGAUGCAUUUGGUUGCUGCGUACAGUGAUUCUAGAGUUGACAUGUCUUUACAGAAGACUUUACAUUCCAUGGUCCUCCAUGAUGGCUUUGAUGAGAAAUAGCCACAUAUACAGAACGUAGCACAAUAAAUCCAAAUAAGCCCCACCCAGGUAGAAUUCAGGGAUGGGCGGAAAAGUAUGUCUUGAUGCAAUUGAGGAAAAUGGAGUGCAACCACUUGUCUUAGUUGGUGUCAGAAGAAGCACAAUAACUCAUGGCCAACUCCCACUAGCCCGUUGGAAAGGUUUCUGGUUUCAGAACAGGUAUCCCCUAUUUUAAGGUCUACCCUAUCAAAUUGCUUUAUAGCACCAACAGAACCCAUGUGCCUGUUUGUUUAAAAUAUUUUGAAAAUGUAUUUCUAUGGCCUCAAAAUUGCUUAAAAAAAAAAAAAAACUAUGACAUGACUCAGACAAAAAUUAAAUUUCUGCCACUAAACAUCACCAUUGUAGCAGGAACCAACCGGUCCCCAUUGAUUAAAAGAACGACUUUAUAUAUUCUUUUGUAUAAAUGACUGGUACACAAAGUAAUGGUUUCUAUGUUUUAGAGCAGGAGUGUCCAAACUAGAGCAUAGAUCUUGAGCCCGAGCCCGAACCGAGUUUUGGGCCGGGUCGACUUCUCUCUGGCUAACUUUUUAAAAUAAAUUAGGGCUGUCAAACGAUUAAAAUUUUUAAUCGAGUUAAUCACAGCUUAAAAAUUAAUUAAUCGUAAUUAAUCGCAAUUCAAACCAUCUCUAAAAUAUGCCCUAUUUUUCUGUAAAUUUUUGUUGGAAUGGAAAGAUAAGACAAGACGGAUAUAUGCAUUCAACAUACUGUACAUACAGUAAGUACUAGGGAUGGGAAUUGAUAGGAUAUUUAAGAUUCCGAUUCCAUUAUCGAUAUUGCUUAACGAUUCGAUUCUUUAUCGAUUCUCUUAUCGAUUCUAAUUUUGGGAAAAAGAAGAACAAACGUUUUGAUUGGCAUCGAGUUUGUUUAAUCAGAACUCACAACCUUACAAACUCACAACGAAAUCAAAAGAGGCCCAAAGCCUCAAUGUUAACUGUGGCAAUAAGUGGCAAAUACACAAGAAUGUGUAACAUUUUACUGAAACAUUUAUCUAAUAGAAAUAAAAAAUAUUGGUAUAUAUUGGCAGAUAGGUUGUUGUUCUGCCUUUGGCAAUAUGUGUUAAAGCAGGGGUCCCCAAACUUUUUCCUGUGAGGGCCACAUAACUUUUCCCUUCUCUGAUGAGGGGCCGGGGUCAGUUUGUAACAGAAAAAGUGUGACGAUUGCAGAAGUGCAUAAAUGUAAAAAAUUAUUGUUUUUCAGAAAGCCACAAUCAAAUAACCCUUUCUGGAUUCUUCACGGAAUGAAAGUAAAUAAAAUAAAAAUAAUAAUAUAAUAAUAAUAAUUAAUAAUAAAAACACUAUUAAUUAAAUAGAUAAUAACCAAAUAACCCUCUCUGAAUUCUUCAAGGAAAAAGGCCAGGAAAUAAAUAACACGAUUGAGAAAAAAAAAAAAAUUCAAAAUGGCCGGACCAAAUGUGGAGGUGGGCCGUAUUUGGGCCGCGGGCCGCAGUUUGGGCACCCGAAGAAAUGCCGCAUCCAAGCGAGUGAGCGAGCGAAGUGAGAGAGGGAAACACUUCUACGAGCCUACGUUCUUUGUUAAUGUUAAUAUCUACAGAGGCAACGCCUGUAUGUAUCAUCUUUUGUGUUGUUGUUGUGUUUCCACUCGCGAUCGGACAUUUAAAUCCAGUUGUGUAGUGGUUUGAACGAUGUGCUAAUGCUAGCGAACGAAUGCUAACCAUACUGUUAUUAGCAGCUAAUCAUCGCUGAUUUACGUUGAUGCAAACCUGUUUGUUAUUGAGGGACGAAAUUGAUUUGUUUCAUUUCUAUUCUUAGUUUCACUCUUCAAGUGAUGGUUGAAUAAAGUCAGCAAAUUAUACCAACGUCUUCUGCAUCGUCAUUUGGGAGUUUAGCUAGCUGUAUAGCCAGAACUGAGCCUUAGCCCCUCACUGCGAGGACAGCGCAGUCGUAUUCCCUCCCGAUGCAGUUAUCUCCAGCUUGCAAUGACUACAAGUGUGCUUUGUUGUAAUUUUUCCUCGUGAAGUGAAGACACACUUUCGAGCGUUUGAACCUACGUGCUGUCAUUGUUAUGUUUAUGGCUGCAAUGCUCGUGCUUACCCGUCGUAACCUUUCAUUUUCACACUCUUUCCUGGUGAAGUGUAGUCAAACUUUGGAGCGAGUGGUUCUUGGCGCCAUGCUAGUUUGAUGCGUCUGGACAACAAGACACGUCACGACGCAAUACGCGUCUUUAGGAAUCGUUAAAGGGAUCGUUAAGGCUUUUUCAUUGUGAUGUCGAGGCCUCGAAACACUCGGAACCGGUUCCGAAUUGGAAUCGGAUUUCGAUUCCCAUCCCUAGUAAGUACUGUAUUUGUUUAUUAUAACAAUAAAUCCACAACACGGCAUUAACAUUAACAAUCUUUCUGUGAAAGGGAUCGACGCAUAGAAAGACUUGUAAUUCUUAAAAGAUAAAUGUGAGUACAAGUUACAGUCAUUUUAUAUUAAAAGUAAAACCCCUCUGUAUGUUUUCGUUUUAAUAAAAUUUGUAAAAUUUUGGGCAACAUGAAUGUCAGUGGUGGCUGCAAAUGGCAUAUCUUCUCUGCAUUAUGUUCAAUACAGGGUGUUAAGAAAAAGUUUAUCUCCUGUCAUUCUUCCCCACGUCGCUCACCACAAUAGUUAUAAUUGUUGUAGAAGAGAUGCCAAAGCAUAUGCCAACAAGUAGCGCGGCCCCAAUGAGUGCCUCGUCUUGAAGGCAUACAAACCUCGUUCGUGUGUCCUUUCCUCCUCCUCUGUCUGUCUGUGGCUGCGCAGACGCUACGGAGCAUGUGCUCCGCGUGCAGUACCUCGUACCAAGCCCCUCGCCCCUCCCCUUUCUCUUCGUGUCCCCUCUCUGAGUGAGCACAGCAGCUGAGCCACUGCCAAACCUCGCUUCAGACACGUGAAAAAGAGAGAGCGACAUAGAGAAUGGGAGAGAGCGCGAGAGAGAGGGAAAAUGACAGAGCCGGCUCUCCAGAAAUGGUGCCGGCACUCAUCGUUCACUUCAAAGAGCCGGCUCUUUGUACCGGUGUUCACUCCACUCACUUGUCUCUGCCUCUUAGCUCUCAAUAUACAUAAAACGGCGCCAUUUUAGUCUGUUUGCGGCAAUGUAUGAGUUGAUCGUCCCGUGCAUGCGUGAAUUGCGUUAAAUAUUUUAACGUGAUUAAUUAAAAAAUUUAAUUACUGCCCGUUAACGCGAUAAUUUUGACAGCCCUAAAAUAAAUAUAUAUUCAUAUAUUUAUACUAAAAGGAUGUAUGGAUGUUAAACUAAGGAAUAUAAAAUAAAAUAAAACAGAUAAAGAUAAGACAGAGAAGGCGCUGUGCAUUCCUGCGCACUUGAACGCCGUGGCUCCACCCUCUUUUUAAUCUUCCACUCCUGAGCUGGCGUCCUCUGCAAGUCCGCAUCCUGGUAUUUCCGUUUCGUUGUGAAGCAGCAAGAAGUGAAAAACAACCUAACGACGGGGGAAUUGAAAAGGCACAGGUAUGAGUGGGAUAUGGAAAGACUUCAAAUUUAUUGUUGACGAUGCUAUACGAAAACCUGUGUCGGCUUCGCUGAAUGAAAACGAAUCCGGUGCUUUGCUCUCAUACGAUAAAUAUAUUUAACAAAAUUUUCCAGCGUUAUUUCGUUGUGUAAAUGCAUUCAUAAUGAUCAUAAAAAUAUGUAGACUAUUUAAACAUUGAGGAAACUUUUUUUCUGCCAACUCGAAGAGAUUAAAAUCAAUGUCAAAUCCACUAUCCGCCUGAUGGAACAGACACACAAAUAUAAAAGAUAUAUAUGUUUAUUGAUCAUCUUACAGUCUUGUUUAACUGGGAGAAUUUGUUACAAAAUAGAGGCUUUAAUUUGUUAUCAUUAUGCACAGGCAUCGUCACAAAUGUGAUCACACAAAACGCAACCACGCAUCGCAUCCCUGCAUUUCCUCCUUCUCCUUUGUCCUCACAAAUAAAACAUAAAAUUUGGGGGUUUCUUUCGGGCUCUGGCCUACAAAUAAAACAUAAAAUUGUGUUUUUUUGUUUUUCGGGCUCGCGCCUACAAAUAACACAUAAAAUUUCUGUUUUUUUUUUUCGGGCUCGGGCCUGCAAAUCAAGUUAAUUGAUCAGGCUCGGGCCGUGUUGGACUUAAAUACCCGCAGGCCGGGUCGGGCUGGAUUUUUUAGGGCUGAUCUAACCUCUAGCCCAAACUUUGACCCGCGAGACAACAGCUACUCGCUGCCCAGUUUUAUUGGCCCGCAGCAAAUUAAAAAAAACAUUUUUGAAUAUGGCCCACACUUCAAGCCCAAAUUCAGCCUACAUUUUGUUGCACAUCUCAGCUUUAAAGGGUGCUACGGAUAGAAAGACAUGUUGUUCUGAAAAGAUAAAUGUUAGUACGAGUUAUAAUAAUUUGAAUCUUUUUUCGUUUUAAUAAAAUUUGUAAAAUUUUUAUUAACUUGUAGGUCGCCAUUGUUGUUGACGUCGCAGGGCGGUGACGUCACAUGGCCACGCUGCCGGACUUCCACCGUGUCACUCUUCAACUACAUUAACAUGUCGUCGGUUCUGCCCUUCCAAUUUGAACCCUAGUGGAACAUUAAUGUGAAAGACAGCAAAAGCAAAAUGACCAGGAAAGACAGGAUGAGUCGAGUAGCGUUCAUUUAUCAAGUUUGCUAGUGACAGCACUCCCCUGCUCUAGUAACGAGGCCAGGAGAGUGUAUGAUGUCAAAAACUGUUUGGGGAUAGUUAGCAUCCAGAGCUGCCGUGUGCUUUAGAUAUGAUUCGGGUAUACAGUCAAAAACAUCAGUUUGAUUAUUUUUGCUGAUAGCCCAGGGCCGUGCAUCACAAAAACGUUCUCUACCGAGACCUGUAAUGGCGUCUUACCUUAUUUUGUCAAGUAAAAGCAGAUGUCCAGAUUGUUCAUCAUCCUGCCGGUUGCUUCCCAUUGAAUAAGCGACACGGAAAACGAAUAAAUGAAUUAAUGCCCAUCAGAUUAUAAUGACGCCUUAUUUUGCACAUUGAGAUCUAAGAGGCAGAGAAAGGCGAGUGGAGGCAUUCAGAUUCUUCGCUCGGACUGCACCGUUUAUUGGCAUAAGCUUCGGCAACUCCUUCACAACAAACAUAAGUAUCAUAUAGUGAAAAUACAACAAAAUAAUAUUCAUAUCUCACAAAAAAUAAUGUUCACAAAAAGAAAAGCACUUCAAUCUGUAUUAAUGAGGCCCUAUUCCCACACAGUUAAACAACAAUGGAAAGAGAACUGGCAUUUACAGAUUCACAAUCAAAAUAGAUAUGCAAAAUACAAAUAAAACUUACUCAGACUUUGGUCAAACUUUAAACAUUUUAGCAACUCGUUUAGCUCAACAAAUACACUGGAUGGCAAUAUUUAGUAACAAUAUACGAACUAUUAUGCUGGGAGCCAUUAUCAGUGGUCUCGUACGUUGUGAAGACAACAUUUAAAUAUGUCUCCAAACUAGUCCACAUAGGGCCGCAGUGGGUGCAGGAUUUCACUUCAACAAACAACACCACACCUUUUCACCAAUCUGGUGUUUUGUAAGUGUAAUCAGCUGAUUUCAGUCAGGUGCUUCUUGUUUUAGUACAAACCACAUUGGUUAAAAGUUCUGUGCUUGAUCGGUAUGAACAAAAACCAGGACCCACAGUGGCCCUCGAGGACUGGUUUGGAGACCUCUGAUUUAAAUGAACGUAAGAGACAAUGGAGCCGCAGUAAACGGGAAACUACGGCUACUCAGUCGAGGGACAAAAUGCUCUCAUUCGCUUGAUCGCUAAUUAAUUUAAAACUCGCCAUUGACACCUUGUGGUGUAUUUAAAUCACUACCUUACAUUGUUAAAGAGUGACACUGUGAAGUACGGCAGCGUGGCCAUGUGACGUCACCGUCAACAAUGGCGAGUGUUGGAGGCAGUCUUUCAGGUCCUCCGCGCGUUCGUUUUCAAUUCAGGUGAGACGGCUAGACUGGAUUGCAUAUUAAAAGACUGGAAGCAAGAGGUCAAUACUGCGCAGUUUUAAUUUCAGAAAUUUCUGGGUGCAUUCAAUGACAGAACAAAGCUGUGUAGAGAAAUGCACACCGAACAGAGAGUUCGGCGUUGCUUAUAUUGUACUUAGAAGGAGGUGUGUCUGUUUGGUGACAAACUCAUCUUACAAAAUAGGUCAUGACCCUUGCUCGUUGGCAGUUAAAAGUCCAUGAUUAUUGUUGGCAGUUAAAUCAAUGAAGGGAAACUAGAAUAUCAGUAUUUGGUUUUACAUUAAUUUUGAAAGAAAUAAUGCUGUGCAAUUAAAUUGCGAUAUCCUGGAUGUCAUUUUGCGGUUUUAUUUUUGUUCUGCAAAGUUUCGGUAAGGCUGGCAUUGAGUGAUCAUGUUUCACUGCCGUUGACGGUGAUAGACAUCUAAUCCAUUUUAACUGGCACGGCUGCCAUUGCCAGAGUUAAAUUGGACUGGACCUCUAUCACUGUCAAUCGUAGUCAAUGAAUAAAUAAAAAAAUAAAAAGCCAAAGGUUUCUACCCGAUUCAGAUCUUCUGUUCAACAAAUGAACGUGUUGGCCAUUGCAUCCUUUGAUUUAUCUGAAAGUGGCCCUCGGAGAAAAAAAGUUUGGACACCCCUGUUUUAGAGGAUUUGUGAACAGGUAUUCCGUCACCCAGUAGUUACAAACAACCCAUGACAGAGGUGAUAAAUCAUCAUGACACAUAUGACGUUAAAAUGCUAAGCGUGAUUUAUUUGUAUUGCCAAACAAUAUGAAUGAAUGCAAAGAAUAGUCAUUGUGGUAAUUAUAUGUAAAGGCCCGGGUGAUUCAUAAUGCUGGACUUGAGGUGUUAAGUGGGCCAGAAGACGUUUCAAAUAAUCCAGAGUAAUUAAAUCCUAAAGAUGACAUCCACACCGCCCUCUUCUCUGACAGCAUUAAUUUGGUACUCCUAGAAUAUUGAGAAUAAUUUUCCAGUCCAAUAAACUGGUCUAUCGAACUGAUCAUUGAUUUUACCCUAUUGUCCAACAUGCAUCCCUAGUGGACUUGAAUGUGUUAUCGAACACGUUCUUGAUCAGGAAUCAUCACUUUGAACUGCUUUUGAUGGCACUGAACUUUCUACUCAUGAAACCAGCAAAGGGCCGAUUUGGCCUUCAAUGAAUUACAGUAAUCCAAACAAACAUGCAUUUCCUCAAAGUUGGAUUUCCCAACAAGUGAAAUGAGGGGAUUGUUAUUACUCAAAAGCAUUUUUUUGUUUUGUAUGUUUUCUAUGAUCUUUUUUUUUUUCACCAUUAUUCCCAAAAAGUCACAGUUUUUGUUUUGUUUUUUUGUUGUAAUUAUUAUUAUUAUUAAUUUUUUUUUAAUCAAUUAUGUUUACAACUUGUUUAGUUGGACAUGACAAAAGUCAUGCCUUAAGUACACUGUUUGUUGUUAUAACAAUAAUUGGGAUGUGUUGAUUGGAAUCAAAUGUCACAUUUUUAAACAUGGCUGAUUCUUAAUAAAAAUGGAAGUGUUUUGAGUGUGGUCCUUUUAAAUAGCAGGCAAAUUCUUUUGCACUUUAAUGUUUACAGGCUCUUUUGUAAACUUGAUAUACUUGGGGAAGACUGUGGGGUGCGUG